CACGCCUCGCCCGUUCGACGUCCGUGCCAUAUAGCAAGCAAGAGCCUACGAGCCUAAAGCCCAAGAUGCCGACCCAGGAUUUCAUCCCGAGCACGGCGACCACGAUCCAGGAGAAGCCGACGUCGAAGCCGAAGAUCAGCCAUCCUUUAGAUCCGCUGACCCCAGAUGAGAUCGCUGCGGUGACGCUCAGCGUGAGGCAAUACGUCGCGGCGAAGACGGACGUUAGCGCCGUCAGGUUCAUCACCUGCUAUCUUCUGCCGCCUCCAAAGAAGGACGUGCUCGCCUUCCUGGGCAUUCCAUUGGGCCCGGGGGAGAAACCACUCCCUCCCCCUGAGAAGAUCGUGCGCAAAGCCGAGGUGGAUUUCAUCGACGUCGUGAACGGCGAUGCUUACAACGUCAUCCUCUCCCUGAAAGGCAACAAGUGGGAGGUGGAUACGCUAGACAAGCUUCCCGAAGGUGUUCAGCCCCAGAUUUCUCCGGGAGAACUCAUCGAGUGCGAAGAGGUGAUCCGCGCCGACCCCGAGGUAUGCAGGCUCGCAGCUGAAGUCGGCGUCAAACCGGAGCAACUGUACGCCGACGGAUGGUCCAUCGGCUACGACGAGCGUUUCCCGAAGAAGCAGCGUCUGCAGCAAGCUCUCCUCUUCGCCCGGUUCUCGGAGCACGACAACCUCUACGCGCACCCGAUGGAUUUCAUCCCGGUGAUGGACGCGAACACGCUGAAAGUCGUCCACAUCGAUUUCCCAGCGCACUAUUCCACAACCGAAGAGUCCAAGGGCGAGCUCUCGGCUUCGACCACCAAGUAUCCACCGCUCGACGCGGACCAGCUGGCCCACGCCAAGCGCGAGCGUAUUCCCCCGCCGAGAGAGGCGUUCGACUUCCUCCCCGACCUGGCCGCGCAGAAGCAGAAGGAGGGCGAGAAGCCGUUCAAGCUCCGGGAUGACAUCAAGCCGCUGCAUGUCGUCCAGCCCGAGGGCGUCAGCUUCAAGGUCGACGGCCACGUCCUCGAGUGGCAGAAAUGGAAAAUGCACGUCUCGUUCACGCAUCGGGAGGGACUGGCGCUCUCCACCAUCACGUACGACGACGACGGCGAGGUUCGGCCGGUCUUUUACAGGCUGUCGUUGGCGGAGAUGGUGGUGCCGUAUGCGGCGCUGGAACACCCUCAUCCCCGCAAGUUUGCCUUCGACUCUGGCGAAUACGGCAUGGGCACGAUGGCGAACGAGCUUACGCUGGGCUGCGACUGCCUCGGCCAGAUCCACUACAUGCCCGGUUCUUACGUCGCGCACGACGGCAGCGCCGUCAUCAUAAAGAACGUGAUUUGCAUCCACGAGGAGGACGCCGGGCUGCUGUGGAAGCAUACCGACUACCGUCCCGGCGGACGCGGCCAUGCCGUGCGCAGCCGGCGGUUGGUGGUCAGCAUGGUCUGCACGCUCGCCAACUACGAGUACGUGUGGAACUACCACUUUUACCAGGACGGGACGAUCGAGUUCGAGGUCCGGCUGACGGGGAUCCUGAACGUGUACACGGCGCGGCCGGACGAGAAGCUGACGUACGGGACGAUGGUCGCGCCGCAGAUCAACGCGCAGUAUCACCAGCACAUCUUCUCGCUCCGCGUCGACCCGAUGAUCGACGGCCUGCGCAACUCGGUCGUCGAGUCGGACGUGCUCCCCGCUGCGGCGGACGAGGACGCGGAGGCGAAUUACGCCGGGAACGCGUUCGUGGUGCGGGACACGACGCUGAAGACGGAGGGCGAGGGCGCGCGCGAGUUCGCGUACGAGACGGAUCGGCGGUGGCGGAUCGUGAACCCGAACAGGCGGCAUUAUGCGUCGGGCCAGGAGGUGGGGUAUGGGGUGAUGAUGAAGGGCGGGGCGGCGCCGUUGAUGGCGGGGGAGGGGAGCUGGGUGGCGAAGAGGGGAGGGUAUGCGAGGAAGGCGCUUUGGGUGGUGAGGGAGGAGGAGGGGGCGAAGGGGGGGAGGAUGUGGCCGGCGGGCAAGUAUGUGCCGCAGACGAGGGAGGAGCCGGAGGAUUCAGUGGGGCGGUGGGCGCAGGGGGAGGGGAGCAUCGAUAACGAGGAUAUCUUGGUGUAUGUGACCGUCGGGACGACGCAUAUUCCAAGGCCGGAGGAUUGGCCAGUGAUGCCGGUGGAGCAUCUCCGUGUCGCGUUCAAGCCCGUGAGCUUCUUCAAGGCCAAUCCGAGCUUGGACGUGCCGGGUGUGAAGGACCCGAAGAGCGUCGCGGCUUUCGCAGAUGUCCAUGCUAAUGGCACGAACGGGGCUUGCUGCGCCUGAGUUGCGUGAACCUCGGUCUAUCCCACUUGUUCUUGGCCUCCUGGAGGACUCGUUUUUUGAGGGCACAAAUCGAAGCUGUAGCAUGCACCAUAUGACUUGAGUGCCGGCUUGGCAUACGCAACAAAUGCACCGGUAGUCUGUGUACAAUGUACGGAUCGAUAUAGCUUUAACGUGCAAUCUAUCAUCGCACUCCA